AGUGGGGACUAGGGCAACGUAGCGCUGUUUGCGCGGUUCGGCGCCAGUCGAACACCAGACAUGGUAGCGCGCCGACUGCCGCUGCCUCUGCUGUUGCUCGCGGCUUGUGCAACCGCCGAGCUGCGUCUCGUCUCAGUCGUAUUUCGGCAUGGUCCACGUACUCCAGGCGAUACAUAUCCGAAUGAUCCUUAUGUAAACGAUGACUUUGCUCCUGUAGGCUGGGGGCAACUAACUAAUGCUGGAAAAUUAUCUCAGUAUGAGCAGGGCAAGUGGCUCCGUCAGAGGUAUGGUGAAUUCCUUGGAAAUACUUAUUCACCACAAAUACUUGCUGCUUGGAGCACAGAUGUUGAUAGAACAAUAAUGUCUGCUCAGCUGGAAUUGGCAGGGCUGCUACCUCCAAAUGAUGAACAGCGAUGGAACCCUGAGCUUAACUGGCAGCCAAUUCCAGUACACACUCUGCCACUUGCUUUUGAUAAUCUGUUACUAGUAAGAAUCCCAUGUCCCAAAUAUCACCAAGAACUGGAAGCUGUCAUGAACAGUGAAGAGGUCCAAGAAAGACUCUCUGCAUUAAAUGCACAGGAACUGUAUGUGAACCUUACUCAGAUAACUGGUCUCAGUAUACAGAAUCCUGAUGAUGUUCAGUCUCUAUACAGCACACUAAAAGCAGAGGAAGAAUUUUCAUUACAAUUACCAGAAUGGACAAAAGAAUAUUAUCCUCACAAGAUGGUCCCUAUAACAGCAUACAGUUUCACCCUCAAUGGCUACAACAGAGUUUUACAGAAACUCAGAGCAGGUCCACUAUUAAGAAAAAUAGUCAAUGACAUGAAAGGAAAAGCCGAUGGGACUUUAAGACCAUCACAAAGAAAAUUUUAUAUGUAUGCUGGGCAUGACUCAACUAUAUCAAAUUUACUCCUUGCACUGAAAGUAUGGGAUGAACAAAUCCCUGCAUAUGGUGCACUAAUUAUGAUAGAACUACAUCAAGACAAAACGAGUGGAGAGCACAGUGUCCAGAUAUAUCUUCGAAAUUCAACCAGCCUUGAUCCAUAUGCACUAAAAAUUUCAGGAUGUGAACUGGAUUGUAAGCUAGAUACUUUCUUGACACUUGUUGAUGAUGUGAUUCCAAAUAAUCUGGAAACUGAGUGCAAAGUUGAAGACCCAAAUUACGUACCACCAACUCUUGCACCUCCUUAAAUAGUAGUAUGAGCUGCCAAUUAAAGGAGGAGGAGGAGGAGGAGGAGGAGGAGGCAAAAUGAAGAUAACGUACUACUAUAUGGUCUUGUGCAUCUCUGGUUCUUCAGAUAUGAUCAUUUGACAACAACUUUUCAGAAACUUAUAAGCAACAACCCAAAAAUUACGAUGAUUAAAAUAGUAACAAACAUAAAAAUGUCAAUAAAAUUAAUACAUC